CCCAUGCACAGACAGGGGUAUGCCAAAAUUACAAAACUCGUGAGUGGCAGCACCACGUUUGAAACUGGAGUUGUCUGAUUUCAAAGCCAAGGCUCUGGGUUCACAGCUGUACAUGUACUGAAGAGGUGUGAAGAGACAUGGGACUACUGGAAGAAGGAGGCAGUGAGCCAGAAGGCUGGAAAUGCAGGCACCUGCUCUCUCUCACUUGACCAUAGAGCAACUUGGGCAAAGGAGUGGGCUGAGAUUGGAGUAUGGAACAAAUGCAUGAUUUCAAAUAAGCGUGUGUGUAUGCAUCCCAGUUCUGUCCGCUGAAAAGGCCUAGAAGCAAUGACACACCAAGCCCUGUUCAAUGGUGGGGUCGGCCAGGACCUCCCAGGCUUGCUCCCGGUCCUUCCCGCCGGCUUCUCCGCCACAUUCCAUGCCACCGCAGAACCGGUGUCCUUCACCUGCCUGCGUCUUCUGCAGUUCGUUAAGCGGCGCCCUUAGUUUCUGUGACAUUUCAGGGAGAAAGCCGCAGGACCCGCGACAACGUUGGCCGCCAUUAACGCCCGGCGAAGCGCCGGGAACUAGAAGCAGAGAGGAAGAACCUGGGUAGGAAACGACCGUGACAGCCGAGCCGGAAGUGGAGCUGCGGGAGGCGCCUCGAAGCUUCUCCAUUUUUUAUUGGAGCUCACCGCUGCCAGUCGCGCUUCCCGCCCGUCCCACACGUUCCGCUCAGACAUUCAGCUAAAUGACGGGCGGAGCCGGGCGGCGACUUCCUGUUGGGGGAAAAAAGUUAGGCCGAAGGAGGGGCCGCGAAGAGAGAGGAAGAAAAGAAAACGGCCGGGCGGCGGCGGCUGUAGGUUGUGGGGCGGCAGCGGCUCUCACCUGGGCGGACGAUGGACAGCCAGGGCAGGAAGGUGGUGGUGUGCGACAACGGCACCGGGUUUGUGAAGUGUGGUUAUGCAGGCUCUAACUUUCCAGAACACAUCUUCCCAGCUUUGGUUGGAAGACCUAUUAUCAGAUCAACCACCAAAGUGGGAAACAUUGAAAUCAAGAAUAACAAAAAGAUGGACCUUAUGGUUGGUGAUGAGGCAAGUGAAUUACGAUCAAUGUUAGAAGUGAACUACCCUAUGGAAAAUGGCAUAGUACGAAAUUGGGAUGACAUGAAACACCUGUGGGACUACACAUUUGGACCAGAGAAACUUAAUAUAGAUACCAGAAAUUGUAAAAUCUUACUCACAGAACCUCCUAUGAACCCAACCAAAAACAGAGAGAAGAUUGUAGAGGUAAUGUUUGAAACUUACCAGUUUUCUGGUGUAUAUGUAGCCAUCCAAGCAGUUCUGACUUUGUAUGCUCAAGGUUUAUUGACUGGUGUAGUGGUAGACUCUGGAGAUGGUGUAACUCACAUUUGCCCAGUAUAUGAAGGCUUUUCUCUCCCUCAUCUUACCAGGAGACUGGAUAUUGCUGGGAGAGAUAUAACUAGAUACCUUAUCAAGCUGCUUCUGUUGCGAGGAUAUGCCUUCAACCACUCUGCUGAUUUUGAAACGGUUCGCAUGAUUAAAGAAAAACUGUGUUACGUGGGAUACAAUAUUGAGCAAGAGCAGAAACUGGCCUUAGAAACCACAGUAUUAGUUGAAUCUUAUACUCUCCCAGAUGGACGUAUCAUCAAAGUUGGGGGAGAGAGAUUUGAAGCACCAGAAGCUUUAUUUCAGCCUCACUUGAUCAAUGUUGAAGGAGUUGGUGUUGCUGAAUUGCUUUUUAACACAAUUCAGGCAGCUGACAUUGAUACCAGAUCUGAAUUCUACAAACACAUUGUGCUUUCUGGAGGGUCUACUAUGUACCCUGGCCUGCCCUCACGGUUGGAACGGGAACUUAAACAGCUUUACUUAGAACGAGUUUUAAAGGGAGAUGUAGAAAAGCUUUCUAAAUUUAAGAUCCGCAUUGAAGACCCACCCCGCAGAAAGCACAUGGUAUUCCUGGGUGGUGCAGUUCUAGCAGAUAUCAUGAAAGACAAAGACAACUUUUGGAUGACCCGACAAGAGUACCAAGAAAAGGGUGUCCGUGUGCUAGAGAAACUUGGUGUGACUGUUCGAUAAACAGAGCAUGUUCCCAUCACACCCGUAAUGCUUUCUUUUUUCCUUUAUUGCCAAUCUUUGAACUCAUUCAACUCCAGGACAUGGAAGAGGCCUCUCUGUGCCAUUUGACUGGAAAGGUCAAGUUUUAUUCUGGUGUCUUGGGGAAGCUUUGUUAAAUUUUUGUUAAUGUGGGUAAAUCUGAGUUUAAUUCAACUGCUUCCCUGCAUAGAUGAGAGGGCUAAGGAUCUUGUCUGCUGCUUUGUUUCUUCUAAGUAGGCAUUUAGAUCAUUCCUGUGGGCUUCCUAUUUUCACUUUACUGCUCUAAUGCUGCUAGUUGUAGUCUUUAGCACACUAGGUGCUAUGCCUUUAUUAGCCUAAGAAAAAAUCUUUAACAGGAGCUUUUACAUAUUACUGGGAUGGGGGUGGUUCGGGAUGGGUGGGCAGCUGCUGAGCCCUUUGAGCAUUUCCCCUGUAGUGUGGCGCUUUCAACUGUGCUGUGCAGCUUUAAGUACCUUAAAGCUUCUCCUGUGAACAUCUUAGGGAAAUGGUAGGUUCAGAACUAAAGUGUUUCGGGUGGGUUUUGUGGAGGGGGGUAACAGUGGGUGGUCUUUUGAUUUUUAUUUUUGAGGUUUUCUCACUGGAGUACAUAAGAGGAACUUUAUUUACAGUACUUUGAUUUGGCAGGUUUUCUUCUACUUGUGCUCUGUCUGGAACUGUUCCCAUAUGAUAUAAAAAGCAACUGUAGUAUUCUAUUACCAUGUGGCUUAGGGAUUUAUUUGUUUUUUAAAAUCAACCAUGUUAGCUGGGACUAGACUCCCUACAAUCUAUCAGUGUAAAAGUAACAUUUAAAAGUCCUUUUGGAAUUCAAAUUACAGAUUUAAAAGGGCUUAAGAUCUGGUGUUUUGUUAAUGCUUCUGUUUAUUCCAGAAGUAUUAAGAUAACCCAGCACCAAGUAUCAUUCUAGCAAAUUAUUCUUUUAUAUAAUUGACCAGUGCUUAAUAAAACAAGCAGGUACUUAACAAAUAAUUUCUGGCAGUAGGUUAUAAUUGGUGGUUUAAAAAUAACAUUGGAAUAUGGGACUUGUUGCCAGUUGGGUAAUUUUCAUUAGUUUUUUUGUUUGUUUUGAUUUGAAACCUGGAAGUAGAGUAAAAUUUGACUGUUUAAAAUGUUGGCCAAAAAAAAAAUCAAGAUUUAAAUUUUUUAAUUGUACUGUUAACUAAUUGGAACUGUUAAUUUUCACCCAUCUUUGAAGCUUGAAAGAAGAGUCUUUGGUAUUUUGUAAAUGUUAGCAGACUUUCUUGCCUGUGUCAGAAAAUCCUAUUUAUGAAUCCUGUUGGUAUUCCUUGGUAUCUGAAAAAUAUGAACUAGUACCCAUACAUGAGACAUUUCUAAAUUUGAAAAAUAAAAGAAAUUAUUGACUUGAGGGGAUCUGUUUUGUAAGAAUACGUAAUUAGUUUAUAUUAAAUAAGCAGUGAAAAGUUAGUUUUAAUUAUGUAGCUUCUGUUAAUAUUAAGUGUUCUUUGUCUGUUUUACCUCAAUUUGAACAGAUAAGUUUGCCUGCAUGCUGGACAUGCUUCAGAACACAUGAAUAGCCUGUACUAGAUCUUGGGAAAGUGGAUCUUAGAGUCACUUUGCAAUUCUAAAGUGUUCCCAAAUCAUCUUCUUGUAUACAUACCCCCAGCCUUUUGAGACCUGGGCUUGUUAAAGGAUGCCUAUGUAAGGCCCAGUACCUACUGGCUGUUUGGUUCAGGGAAAUGGGAAUGACUUGGCCUUUUGUCCUUUGGUCAUAAUUUUAAAAUAUGGGAGUAGAAAAUAAUGAAGAAUGGAAUGGACUUUUAAAAAAAUGAAAGAACAUUUAUUAUUUGUCCCUUGAAUGUAAAAUUUGUUUUGAUCUCAUAAUUCUGCUGGUAAACAUGACAGUUAAAAUGCUGUAUUAUGUGUAUAUAUUAUAAUUUAGAAAUUCCAUUUUGUAAUUUUACUACUCCAAGGUGAAGUAAUGCAUUUAAAUUUGAGAUUUGGGUGGAGUAUUAUGUUUAACCAGAGUUGUUGUCAUGUAUGAAUCCCUCAGGAAGAAAAAAAUUGUUUUUAAAAGCGAUCUGAUUCUUUAGCUCUCGAAACUGUUGGUACUUAAAUUUCCAAUAAUUAAACAUUUUAAAUGUUUUAAUUAGAAUUGCCAAUACUUUGACCUUUGAGAAGGGUUUCUUAGAAAUACAUUUACUGAUGUCCCCAAGACAUUAGUCUUACAUUUAAACUUUUUUCUUUAAAACAUGGUAUUGGUUGUUAACUUUUACACAGUUCUGAGCACUAUUAAUAUAUGGAAAGUAUCUUGAGAUAUCAGUGGAAAGCCAAAUAAUCUAAAUUUAAGAUGAAAUACUUCUUUUUGAUUCAGAAAAUAAAAUCAGAUUUUUUCAAAGUCAA